CUUCCAUUGUAGAAGAAACACAGCUUCCCGGCGAAAAGACCUUACUUCAGGCCUGGCCGCUCACUUUCGUUAACCGUCCUUCUGCCCGACCAAUUCACUCGCUUUUUCAUUCUUACCUGCUCGACUGGCUCCGUUGUUUCUUUCUUUCUUAACCUACUGUCGUUAAAAUGAGGCCAGCAACUCUCGCUUUCCUUCUAGGCCCUGUGGGCAUCGUAGCCCGGCCUUGUGGCGGUCAUCGCCCUCCGCCGACAUCGUCUACAAUUUCUUCAUCAGCAUAUCCCGUUAUUACAUCUGCUAUCGUCACCAACUCUACCACCACGCCUGCUAUUACUCCGUCUGCUAGUGCUACGUCUGCUAGUCAGUCUGCUGUUACAUCAGCUACCGCUUCAUUCACUUCGACUUCGGCUCCGCCAGCCGCCUCCUCUGUCGCAACCUCAACUAGCCAACUGACUAGUCACUCUACUAGCUCUUCUGCCGCGCCAUCUUCCACCUCGGGCAGCAGUACCCCUUCUGACAGCAUUGACCAGCUCUUCAAGGCGAAGGGCAAGCUGUAUUUUGGCACGGCGGCUGACUCUGGAACCUUGUCUAAGUCGCAAAACGCUGCCAUCAUCAAGAAGGAUUUUGGCCAGUUGACGCCGGAGAAUAGCAUGAAGUGGGACGCCAUCGAACCGACCCGCGGAGGCUUCACCUUCGAUGGCGCCGACGCGCUCGUCGAUUUUGCGGUCCAGAACGGUCAGAGCGUGCGCGGUCACACCUUGCUCUGGUACCAGCAGCUACCUGACUACGUCAGCGCCAUCACGGAUGCCACGGAACUCACGAGUGUCCUGGAGAACCACAUCAGCACUAUCGUUGGAAGGUACAAGGGCAAGGUUCGCGCUUGGGACGUCGUCAACGAAAUCUUCAACGAGGACGGAACUCUCCGCGACUGCGUCUUCACUCAGGUGCUCGGCGAGGACUUCGUCCGUAUCGCAUUCGAGGCAGCGCGUAAGGCGGACCCGGACGCCAAACUUUACAUCAACGACUACCAUCUCGAGAGCGGCACUUCGGCUAAAACGACUGUCGGCAUGUUCGACCACGUGCAGAAGUGGCUCGCCGCCGGCAUCCCAAUCGACGGUAUCGGCCUUCAAGGUCACCUCGGCGGCGGCAACCCCGACGCCAGCGGCGAGCAGGCCGGCCUAGAGAAGCUUGCUACGACCGGCGUAUCCGAACUAGCUAUCACCGAGCUGGACAUCGUCGGCGCGCCAGCCGACCAGUACGUAACGGUUACCAACGCCUGCCUCGCUGUCGAGAAGUGCGUCGGAAUUACCGUGUGGGGCGUGAGCGACGCCGACUCCUGGCAAUCGCAGAGCACGCCCCUCCUCUUUGACACCAGCUAUCAACUUAAAGCAGCUUAUACAGCCAUCGUUCAAGAUCUUUCGUAAGCUAUUACCGAACACCUAACAACUUGUACCUAUCAACCUUCCCUCAGAAUAGAGGCAAACAUCUAGAGAGCAUAGAUGCCCAUAAUCAUAAUAAUAUAAACCAUCAUCCGCUUUGGCUUAGCCGUGUUCAUGAUAGGAGUUCUUAUAGAGCCAGGAAAUACCCAUUUAUUACGUAGGUAGACAGGUUUAUACCGAUGGAGUCUCUCCUC